CCCAGCUUAGUAUGUGACCUACUCCCGUUACGGAAAGGGGCGGGUGCUGACGAAUGUGCGCCGGAGUGUGAGUACGAACGUAUCCAAGCCUGCGAUGUGCGGAGUUUUCGAAUUGACAAGUACUCCUUACAGCAAAAAGAAAGCGAUUGACAUCACCAACAUCGAAAAGUGAUGUACAGAGUUUACGUAUCAACAUCCAGCCAUGUGUUCUGGUUCGAAAACAUUUUCGUUUUGAGUUACGUUUACGGUGGAAAAGUACAAGAAGACAACUAUAAAACAACACAGGGCUGUCACAUAACAGCAUUACCAACACAGCAAUGGCAACCAACAGCAUGACAGGGAGUUCACAUGACAGUAUGGCAAAUACAUCAAUGGAAGACAGCAGCAUAACCAACUCAGAGAUCUCAAACAUCAGCGAGACAGCUAUGUCAAACAACAGCAUGGAGAACGAGGAACAUGAAUCCUUCAAAUCUGCAGUUCAGUUUGAAAAACAAGUUGAUGAACCACCAGUUGUACAACCAAACAAAUCCUCAAAGCAUUCUAAAUAUAUGUGUGGCAUGUGCAUCAAGUACUUUGAAAAGAGGUCUCAACUGAAAACCCACCUUAGUCGAUACCAUGAUGGAACUGACAGCAAUUUGUGUAGCAUAUGUGGUUGGCUGAACACCAGGGAAGUCGACAUCUCAGGCCACAUGCGGUCUGUACAUCCAUUGUAUAAACAGUGUGAUCAGUGUCAAAAGUGGCUCUACUCUAAACGUCGACUGAAUGUACACAUGGUUCAAUUUCAUGCUCCUGCAACUGAAAGAAUCCAGUGUCACUUCUGCAGCAGCUCGUUCAUCAGACAAAAGACACUAGCAACACACAUGCUCAAGUUUCACAUGCUGUUGCAGUGUUUGGAGUGUGUGGAGUAUUUUACGGAAGAUGAAGAUCUAGAUGUUCAUCAGAGGAAAUGUCAUUCAAAAGCUGGUCGGAAAAGAAAACAAAGCAGGGCUACACAGAACCAAGUAAAUGAAUGUCUUGUAACCAGUACAUCACAGGAAAAUGAUGAUGUGGGGCAGGACAUAUGUUCCAGUCCAGAGAGUCUGUCAGAGACUAGCCUGAUUGAUGAGAGUGUGAACUGUCAUGACUCUGACACAGUAAUUUCAGACAGGAUUGACAAUGAUGACACUGAGUCAAAUACUGUGUCAUGCAAAGACAUCCAGAGUAUUCAGAAACUGACUUCUCUUAGGGACAGACAUCUGGAGGUAUCCCUUUGCUUACAGGAUAAGGUUGACACGAAUGAGAGUCAUUCUAUGGAUAAUAUGAAAAAGUCCAAGGUUGAAAUCAGCCAGUCAGGACUCCACUGUCCGUCCAAUAAGUUAAAUCAGGCAAAGGACAUGAUUUCUUGCAAAUAUUGUGAUCUUAAAUUAUCAUGUAGGGCAUCCUUUUCUAAUCACAUGAUACUUAUUCAUGAAGCCUGUGAGUGUGAAUACUGCAAUGGUUGGUUUGAGAAUAAGAAGAUUUUAUUGGAUCACUCGAGGAUCUGUAACAGAAGUAAACUCAGUUACGGAACCAAUGCCAAGGACUGUAAUGUGAAUGACUGUAAUUCAGCUUUCCCUAUAUGUCAAGCACAGCAGACAGCAUUUGAAGAUCCUACAGAGGAAAGCCUUGCACCAGUCGCAUCCUUCACCUGCAGUGUCUGUAACAUGAUGUUCACAACAAUAGAGUCCUUGUCCGAUCAUGGAAACAGUUGUCAACGAAGCUUUGAAUGUUCCAUCUGUGAUGAAAUGUUACAGAAUGAGGCAGCGCUUUCAGAUCAUGUCCAGUUUGUCCACCGAGUCGGGAAGAACUACAACUGUAGCCUGUGUGAGAGGCUGUUCCUCAAAGCUAGCAGUCUCAAAAGACAUCUAACAGCAACACAUGGUGACAGUAAAGUUGAGAAACAGGUUAUCAAACUUCCAAAGAGAAAAUAUAUGCACAGAUGCUGCCUCUGCAGAAAGGUAUUUUCACAAUACAGCUAUCUCAAGAUGCAUUUACGACUUCAUGUGAAGGAGAAACAGCCAAAACGUGGAGGUAGGGUCACAGGGAGAGUUGUUACAGAGGACAUCAACAACUUUGGUGUUUCUUACAGUUGUACUGAUGAAAGUCGGAAGAUCCCAGUGGAGUCUGUUACUGCAAACUGUGGUAAGAGCAGGACUGCAAGAGAAGAGUCCCCUUCCUUCAACACUGACAAUCAAAUGCGUAAAGACAAAGCUGACAACCUUGUGGGAUGGGAUAGUAGUGGGAGGGUGAAGGGCAGUGGAGGAUGUGAUGGAGGACGUGUUUUGAAAGAUGUUGACAUGGCCUCUGAUGCUGAUACACAGUGUCAUGAAGGAGGUAGUCAGCAGAUGGAAAAUGUGAAUUGUGAGAAUAUUGUUCACCGAAACACAGACACACAAUCUAAGGUUCAUCAUUCGAUGGACAUUGGCACGAACUCUAUGAGUUUGGCGAACAGUGUGAAUAAUUCACAGGUUGGGAAAUGGAAAAUGAACACCAUCAAUGCAAUGGGAAAUGGGAACAGAAGGUAUGUGGGCAAUCCCUUGGAUGUAACAAUGGCAAAGAAUGUGAAUGACACAGAGGCAGAUAGUGCUGUAGAUGUGAACAGCAUCAUUGCUUCACUUGUUGAAUCUCUGCCUGUUGAUCAGUGUUCCAACGAUAUGGAAACAAGCAGUGCUGUCCAAAGCAUCCUUGAUAUCCCUGUUAUUGAGCAAUCGCAUCACCUACAUCACACUGAACAUACUUUUACCGCUCCUUCAGAAGAUAUUAACUGUAGCCAUAGACAAGGACUGCGAUUCAUUAAUGAGGAAAGCAGAAACAAAGACAAUUCUGAAGUUUGUCAGCAAUCUGAGACCUUAGCUUUGGAGCAACUGUGUGAAGACAAUCAUGUGUCCAAAGAUCAUUCUUACAUGAUGACCAGACAUCCUCCUGAUGUCCUUUCUGAAUAUCCUUCUGACCUCAAUACCAAUGAUCCUUCAGAUGUCAUUUCUGAAAAUCCUUCUGAUAUUAUUUCCACAGAUCUUUGUGGUUUCAGGACUGCAGGACAAAGCAGUAGCCAUAUUAUGGCAUCUAAUGACCGGAGUAAAACCUCACCGAUUGUGCUCAGUCGUGAAGAAAUAAAAGGCAGUGAUAAGGAAGACAACAACAGCUGUGUGAACAGCACCAACUGCUCUGAUGAGAAGGACCACAGUGUCUGCAAUGAGGACAGUAGCUCCUCUGGGGAAGAUAACAGCAUCAACGGCAGUGACAACAGCUGUGAUGCUGACUGCAGUGAGGACAACCCCUCUAACAGCUCCAGUGAUAAAACCAGGGAGAGCCACAACUUUGAGUCUUUUCAGGAAGGUAAGGACAUGGAUGCAGAUCAGGAACUGGAACUGCCUCAUGUAGAGACUGGGGCAUGUACUUUCACAAAGUAAAUCACUUGAUGUACCUCCAUCAGCAAGAGGAUGGAAGCAGGUGCAUAAGCGGAGUCGUGAGACCAGCCAAUGUCAUCAGAUGGCUCAUAUGGGCAGUAAGGGAUGCUGCAGUUCGUCCUGUGCAGCUCUGAAGGGGAGGCAUGGCAGGAGGGAUGUCCACUACAUGUGUGGGAUAUGUCGCCAGAUCUUCAAGAACUUGGAGAUCCUGCAGCACCACAAGGUAGCCCAACAUUCCUUGUGCUGUGCAGCAUGUGGACUGGUGUGCAGUAGGAUGAUUGACCUUCUCACUCAUUAUGAGUUCUGUGAUGGGUGAUCCUAUUCAGAGGAGAGUCAUAUGGUCACAUGUUGUGUUUUAAAUACAUGUAUCUACAAGGGGUGUACAAAGUAUAGCCAUCUUGUAAUCAUGUAAUGUCUGCAGAAGUGAUUUCAUGAAACAUUCUCCUAAUGCCAGUUUUUCUGAAUGCAUACAUUGAAGGC